GCCGGGCUGUUUGAGCACUUGGACGACAUUGUUCGGCAUGAAACGCUGGCUGGGCGAUUUCCCAGCCCCAGCGAGCAGGCCGGAGUGUGGGCGCAAGCGCGACGACAGGCCAAGACCCGCCCCCUGGCCAUCCAGCCCAUCUUGGUUCUCCCCAGCAUCGCUCCGCCCCUGCAUCUGCACCCAGCCUGCCCACAAUGUCCGAUGCCGCCGAUAAAGUCCCAGGCUCGGCCAACCAUGAGAAGGCCCAGCCCGUCUCCGGAUGGGACAAUCUGUACCAGCAUCUCGCUGUGCUGCUGUGGUGCACCACCAUGGAAAUCGACCUCAUCAUCCACAUUGUGUUCUUCUACUUUAUCCGCUGGCUGUGGCCCUUUGCCGUCAUCUACUGGACAUGGGCAUUCCUGAUCGACAGCGAGACACCCUACCGAGGCGGUACUGAUGCCCUGCGGUUCAUCCGCGACUGGUCUUUCUGGCGACAUUUCAAGGCGUACUUUGACGCCGAGCUGAUCAAGACCUGCGACCUCGACCCCUCCCAGAACUAUAUUUUUGGGUACCAUCCUCAUGGAAUUUACUGCUUCGGCAUCUGGCCAAGCUUCUUGACCGACCUCAACAACUUCUCGGGCCUGUUUCCCGGCAUCCGCCUGCGCGGAACCACUCUGGACAUGAACUGGAGGAUCCCGCUCUGGCGCGAGUUGCAUAUGUCUUAUGGGCUAAUCUCGGUUUCCGCCCGAUCCAUCAAAUACGCCUUGACCCGCAUGGGCCCAGGAUCGAGCGUCAUGAUUGUCAUUGGCGGAGCCGACGAAGCCUUGCAAGCCUAUCCCGGCACAAACGACCUCGUACUCGACAAGCGCAAGGGCUUUGCCAAAAUCGCCAUCCAAACCGGUGCCCACCUGGUGCCGACCUUCACUUUUGGCGAGAACGAUCUGUUCUACCAGGUCACGGCCGAGAGCAAUCCCAAGCUACGAGGGUACCAGAACCAGUUCAUGAAAGCCCUGGGAUUCUCGCUGCCGAUCGUGACCAACCGACCGUUCUUUUUCUUUCCGAAUCGCCGCAAGCUGGUAUCUGUUGUGGGUGCCCCGAUCGAGGUCGAGAAGCAGGAGAAUCCCUCCCGCGAGUACAUUGCCCAAGUGCAUGGAAAGUACCUUGAGGGCCUCCAGCGCCUCUACGACGAGUUCAAGGAUCAGUUCGCUGCAGACCGCACUCGCGAUCUGCGCAUCGUGGCCUGAGUCCGAGCCCGGAUGGAUGCGGUCUCCCUCCCAGAGACCCGACGAGUCCCUGUGCAUUCUCAACACGAACGUCUCUGUGCAUCCUAUGUGCAUACCCGGUG